GCUGUAGGCCGCCCCGCGCACGCGUGCACACGACUCGGCCUUGGGAGUGCGGCUGUGGGAUGGACUGCCUCGGCUCGGCGUGACCGGACCGGCGGCGUGCGAAGCAACUCGACGAGGAGAAGCGGUCGCCAUGGAGACGUGCGUGCUCAUCCCCCAGGAGUUCUCGCUGGUGCUGACGGCCAGCCCCGCGGCCGCCACCGCGCCCGUGGACCGCAACGCCAACCGCUUGCCCGAGAUGCGUGUCAACGUGUGGACCAACGCCCGUAUCCCGCAAGGCACCGUCAUCUACCCGUUCCAGGGCACCAUUCGCCUCGACAAGCUCGAGGUGUACAGCUACCUGGAUGACAACGACAUCCGCCACCGCUUCGGCUGCUACGACGAGAUCACGGAGGUGGACCGGCGCCGCGUGCGCCACUGCAACUGGGUGCGCUUCCUGCGCGCCGCGCCCACCUACAGCGACGAGGUCAACCUGGUGGGCAACAAGCACAAAGGUGAACCCAUGUAUGAAGCCAUCAAAAACAUCCCUGCCAAUUCGGAGUUGGUAGUCUACUUCCUUCCCGAAAGACCGGAAGAAGUCUUCUUCAUGCCUGCAAUGCACUACCUUCGUAACUCGUUGUAUCGUCGCACAAUGGACACUAUUUUAGAAGAAAAAAAAAAUUAUAAAUUUAAACUUCACCAAUUUUUUCUUUAA